AUGCAUGGACACGAGAAAAUUCUUGGCCAUUUCUGUCCUUUGUGUUUACUUGGCUAUCACUGUCACUUGAAUAUUGGCUCCAGCCAUAUCCCAUCAGAGGCUAAGUCAUCAGCUGUAAAACUGUCAGGAUUCUGCCAUCCCAAUUGUGAUUCUGUUGUGUAUUUCUCUGGACAGCGGCGUUACACACUGGAAAAAUGGCUGGAGAAUUUCCUCUCUUACUUCCAGCAGCUCGUAAUCAUAAUGGCCUUCGAGAAGCUUCGUCACCCCCCUAAUCAUCUCUGUUGUUCUUCUCUGGCUCUUCUCCAGUUCCACUUUAUCUUUCUCAAGAUGGUGCAACCAGAUCACAUAUCAAGUUACUUUGAGAUCUCUUCCCUUGAACCAUGCUUGAUAGCUCUGAGUCCAUUUUCAUAUAAUUAUAAUUUGGAUUGUUUCUCCUUAGAUACCUGCUAUAGAUCCUGUGUUGCUCCCAAGAUGAUUAUAGAUUUGCUGCAGGAGAGGAAAACGAUCUCCUUCCGUGACUGCAUGUCACAGCUCUUUGUAGGUCAUUUGUACACCAGUGCUGAGAUCAUCCUCCUCAUGGCGAUGGCCUUUGACUGCUACAUGGCCACCUGUAAGCCCCUGCACUACACAGCCAUUAUGAGUCAGCACGUGUGUGGCCUGCUGAUGUGGGUGGCCUGGAUAGGAGACUUCCUUCAAGCAACCAUCCAGAUCCUCUUUAUGGUCCAGUUGCCAUUCUGUGGCCCUAACGUGAUCGAUCACUUCAUCUGUGACUUGUUCCCUUAUUUGAAGCUUGCUUGCACAAACACCCAGGUCUGCCGCCUGGUGGUCGUGGCCAACAGUGGGGUGAUGUGUAUGAUAAGUUUUCUCCUACUGGUCUUUUCUUACAUCGUCAUCUGGCACUUCGUGAGGACUCACAUUUCUGCAGGGAGAUGGAAAUCCCUCUCUACCUGUGUCUCCCACAUUGUCAUAGUCGUUUCGUUCUUCUUUCCAUGUAUUUUCAUGUACAUAAGGCCCAGGUGCAUUCUCCCUGUGGUCAUAUCGGCGCCCAUAUUUUACACUAUCAUCACCCCCAUGUUGAACCCCUUCAUCAACACCAUGAGAAACACGGAGGUGAAAAGUGUCAUGAAGAAGCUGUGGAGCAGGAAAGUGAAAUGA